CGCUGUCUGCAGACGAUCAGACUGGAGGAGGACCAGAGGUGUGACAAGACGCUCUGGAUCUCACCAAUAACCCUCCUGUGGAUAUGAAUGAUCAACAAACAUGAUCGCCUGAGCUCCGAUCGACUCCCCCCCUCAGCUUCAUUCGGCCCCUUUAAACCCGGACCCGGCCAGGGAGGAGCUUUGUUCCGGAGCUAUGGGUGCGCUACAGUCCCUACCUGGUCAACCAGAAUAUAUUGAUCUGGCGGAAAAAACGGGCUUUUCGCUCGAGCAGAUCGGAGUCCUGCACAAAAGAUUCAAACAACUGAGCCACAACGAAGAAACUCUACGGAGAGAUCACUUCAAUGAAAUCCCAGAUCUGGCGUGCAACCCGAUCCGUGCACAGAUAGUGGAGGCUUUCUUUGACAAGAGAAACUUUCGUCAGAACGACGAGGGGACGGUGGAUGAGAUCGGCUUCGAGGAGUUCCUGGUGGUCAUGUCUCACUUCAGGCCUCCGUCGCUGCACAUGACGGAAGAGCAGCGCGAGAACGUCAGGAGAGAGAAGCUGAGAUUUCUGUUCAACAUGCACGACACAGACAACGACGGGACGAUAACCCUCGAGGAGUACAGACAUGUGGUGGAGGAGCUGUUGUCUCGCAGCGGAGCGCUAGGAAAGGAAACAGCCAAGAGCAUUGCCGACGCAGCCAUGCUGGAGGUGGCCAGCAUUUCCAUGGGUCACAUGGAACCUGAUGAAUUCUAUGAAGGAAUCACUUUUGAGCAUUUCCUCAAGCUGCUGAGCGAAUUUGAAAUCGAAUCCAGGAUGAACAUUCGCUUUUUGAACAUGGACGCGACAACCCUGUGCAAGUGAGGUUGGUACACUAAGAUAUGCAGCGACUGUGGGGAAAAGUCAGACGAUGCAAAAUUCUGGUUUUCACCGUAGCGUUAUUGUUUCCGUAGUUUUGCCGCUUGCACUGAAUAUAUGCCUUACUCAUGUUUAAAUAACUAUGCAAAUCCAAAGACGACAUGUAUGCUGUGGGUGUAUUAGAAGUAGCUGAUUUGAUUGUAAGCAAUAACGUGACAUAAUCAGAUUUAAAGAUAAACUAUGAAUAUUUCGACAAAGCAAUAAUAAUCCAAUAUCCACGACUGCGUAACAGACAAUAUGACUAUGACUAUGCAUGCAAAUAUGGAUGCUUGAAGAACCUUGAACACUGUUAUUGCCAUAAAUAUAAACUCUCAGUAAUCAGGGAUGUAAAGGUUUGUCUUUGAAUGUGUGGAGAUGUGUCUCACGAUGGUCGGACAAAGAUGAAAUGCCUUCUACUCAUGUCACAAAUAUGACACUUGGUGCAUGCUCUGCACACUAUAUUUGCACAAUAAAAGAUCCCAUGAAACGGAA